AUGGCGACGCCAUCGACAUCGACUUUGGAUCAGUCGCCUCUCCUACGAUCGCGUUCAUCCUCGACAUUAGGAUCGCUUAGCUCGAAUACCUCUAUCAGCGAUGCCUCCCGAAAUCUGAAGCUCCGGCAAAAGACGCGUGUCCUACGCGCCGUUGCCUUCGUCGUAUCUAUUAUCACAGCCCUCUGCGCCGGAUCCAUUACUGUCUUCUCGCUCUACGGGCACCUUUUCCAGUCACGACUACAUUACACACAAUUCCAAAUCAACGGCAUCGCUAGUGCCAUGAGCCUUUCCAUGUACCUCCCGGUUCCCGUGAUAGGAUUCCUGUGCGACCGAGUAGGGCCUGCCUUCGUGGCUAUUGGUAUAGGCACGUCCUGUAUGUACCUGGGCGCCAUUACCACAUGUGCUAAGAACUUUGGGCAAGGCAAGUAUCGAGGCUUGAUGCUGGUUGCCCCUAUUGCGUCAUUUGGUCUUGGUGGAAUGGUCCUCAGUCAGAUCGGGAGUCGGAUUCUCUACGAGACACAGCCGGAUGGAGCUAGAGAUAUAAACGUAUUUCAUUUCUUCCUGUUCCUCUGCGUCGUUCUCGCUGUCCUUGGACUUAUUGGUACCUUUUCAUUACGGGUUGUAGACGAAGAGGACCUCAUCGACGGAGCGGUAGAAGAACUAGAGAGGAGCGGGCUCCUCGAGGGAAGCGAGGUCUUCCGCCGCCGAGCGCAUCGGGACUACGGUGCUAUUGAUGCUAUCGAUGACGACGCUGGAGCCAUGGACCCGGCUAGGGACGAGGAUGAUGAAGAUGAUAAUGCUAGGCUGAAAAAGGCCUGGCUUCUCAAUGCUGAGACUAGGAGUUUUCUGUCGGAUCAUACAAUGUGGUGGUUUGGUAUCGGCUUUUGGCUCAUCAUUGGACCGGGCGAAGCGUUUAUCAACAAUCUCGGCACCGUAGUUGGAACUUUAUAUUCUCCGAGCACAAGGUCAAAUGAAACGUCCGUGGCGACACACGUCUCUAUUAUGGCUGCGCCAGCACGUUCAAACGGGAUUUCCAACCUCUCUUCCAGAGCUGAGACAAAAGAUAUCAGUCUCACGCAUAGUUUAUUCAUCGCUGCUGGUAUUAUCUUAUCCAUCGGAACACUAGUACUGGCCUCCGGUGCAGUUCAGGAGCACGGGGAACGUUUUUGGAUUGUAUCUGGUGCGAUUGGAGCGGGAUAUGGCGCAGUAUUCAGCCUGACACCGAUCAUCGUGACGAUGAUCUGGGGCGUUGAGAACUUCGGUACUAACUUCGGCAUCCUCGCGCUCACACCUGCUCUGGGUUCCACGAUGUGGGGUUUAAUUUACUCCGCGGAAUACCAGGCCGGUGCUCAAGAUUCACCUUCGCUGGCUGAAGGGGCUGAUAAAGAUGUAUUCUGUUAUGGUACAAAGUGUUAUUCGUCCACGUUUUGGGCCAUGACGAUCUCCGUGUGGAUCGGAACGGUCAUGGUUUUCUGGGCUUGGAAAGGCCGAAAUGGUUGGUCCAAGAGGGGAAUUGUGAUUUAG